AUGACAGAUUCAGGUGAAACAUAUAGUGUGGAUGAUGCAUUAAUAGCAACAGGGUUUGGAAAGUUACAAUAUUUAGUUUUAGCCUAUGCUGGAAUGGCUUGGAUUUCAGAAGCAAUGGAGAUGAUGAUAUUAUCAUUUGUGGGGCCAGCUUUAAAAAGUGCAUGGAAACUUAGUAUAGCACAGGAGAGUCUAUUGUCUACUAUAGUGUUCGUAGGUAUGCUUGUAGGAGCAUAUUCUUGGGGUGUUGUUUCAGAUACUUAUGGAAGAAGGAAAGGGUUUUUGUUGUCAGCAGUAGUUACAACAGCAGCUGGGAUUAUGAGCGCGAUUGCUCCAAAUUACAAAGUCUUGCUCAUGUCACGUUGUAUUGUAGGCCUUGGCCUUGGAGCUGGUCCUGUUCUCGUCACUUGGUUUUUAGAAUUUGUACCUGCUCCCAAAAGGGGUACUUGGUUGGUUCUUUUUCAAACUUUUUGGACUGUUGGUUCCAUUGCUGAGGCUGCCUUGGCUUGGGUUGUAAUGCCCCGAAUGGGAUGGAGGUGGCUACUAGGUGUAUCAGUUCUACCAUCAGUAAUGUUGUUAAUAUUUUACAUUAUUACACCAGAAUCGCCAAGAUAUCUUUGUUUAAAAGGAAAAAAAGAAGAAGCCCAUCAAGUAUUAAAGCUAAUAGCCAAAUUAAAUGGAAAAGAAUUGCCUGAUGGUACUCUUGUUUCUGAAUUGGAAAUGGACCAAACUGCAAGUGGUACACUCAUUCAGGAUCCAAAGGACUCUAAAUCAGGCUUAAUAGCAUCAUUACUGGUGUUGCUUUCACCUAAAUUACUCCCCAUAACUUUAUUACUUUGGUUGGUGUUCUUUGGAAAUGCAUUUGCAUAUUAUGGACUCAUUUUGCUCACUACUCAACUCAACCAAAAUAACAGUGUCUGCAAUCAUUCAGGAGCUCAUCAAACUCAUAAUUCUACUUCUGAUAUUAAUUAUAGAGAUGUCUUCAUCACUAGUGUUGCUGAACUUCCUGGCCUUAUCCUGGUUGGUGUCCUCAUUGAUCGACUUGGGCGUAAACUAACAAUGGCAAACAUGUUGGUUGUUUGUGCCCUAUUUCUGCUUCCUUUGGUGAUCCAUCGUCAAUCAGAAACUUGGACGACUGUUUUUUUGUUUGGUUCUCGAGCAUGUAUUAUGGGAGCCUUUACUACUGCUUUUAUAUUCGCUCCAGAGAUAUAUCCAACAUCAGUCAGAAAUACAGGGUUUGGAACAGCAAGUUCAAUAGGUAGAAUAGGAGGAAUGGUGAGUCCUAUUGUGGCAGUUGCCUUGGUACAAGGAUGUCAUCAAAUGGCAGCAAUUUUACUCUUUGCAGGCAUUUCAUUUGCUUCAGCUAUUGCAGUGUUAUUAAUUCCUUAUGAAACAAAGGGUAGAGAGCUUGCUGAUAGUGUUGGUAGUAGUGUUAUGAUGAAAUCAAACACAAAAUCUGACUCAGAACAAGAAGUUUAA